UGAUGAGGACAUAAAUUGAGGCGCAGGCGCGUUAAUGCUCUCUCUUCCUUGUUGCGGUGAAAGAUGAAGGAGCUGCGGCUGCAAAGAGACACAGAAUCUGCUAUUGGAAGCCUAAAAAACGGAAAGACGUGCGACGUAAACCCCUAGAGGUGGGAUGUCGGGACUGCGCUGGCUGUCUUAUCACCUCAAUCUGAGAAAUUGUCUCUACCUUAAGAAGUGGGACCCCAGUCCUGGUCCUUGAGGUCCAAUGUCCUACAUGUUUUAUAUCUUUCUGUUGCCACAUUUGAUUAUAAUGAAUGGGUCAUUACACCAGAAGUUUCAAAGUGCAGACUCUAAUCUGCAGUGAACACUUGAAUAGAUCCAACAUACCACCAACUGCCUUUGUUGUGUAAAAAGUGUUCAGUGAGCUGUGUCUCUGCCAGCAACCCCCACCACCACACCCAGGAUAAUACGAAUAUCAGGCCAGCAACUCUGAUGUGCCCUUCUGUAAGUUUUACUGGCCAUAAAAUGCACACUUUAUCUUUGAUGCUGUGCUUUACAAAAAGAUAUUGCAAUAGUCUCUGUAUGUAACCAAAACAUUUGCCAUUUUUCUACUUUAACAUUUGGAACAAAAACCCCGCUGACAUUUGACAAUGGUGUUAGACAAAUUGUGUUACCUGAGAAAUCGACUCUUUUAAGUUGACUACGAGGGUUUGAUUAUGGCUGAUGUGCCAUGAAGAGGGGGAGGGAGUGUGAAUGUUGUGGUUGCGAAACAAUCAGAAAUAGGACGUGCCUUGCAGACAGACCGGGACCUGACAAUGUCACAACUAAGGCGACCAAGAAGGAUCAGCACUCAGGAGGCGUUGUCAAUGCUGCAGAGCAUGUCAGACUGUGAAUCUGAUGGUGGCGAUGUGGGCGACCUCGGAUUUCAGAAUGAAAACGUUGUCACCGAUUCUUCAAGCGAUGAGGAUGCAACUGCUCUUGCACCAGUAAAUCCUCCCCUCCAAAGAUGCACCAGGAGACGGGCGGUCAAUUAUGUGAUUGAACAGGACAGUUCAAACACAGAGGCUACAUCAGAUGAGGAAGACACAACACAUGCAAGCCCCCCUCAUAACAAAAGACAAAAAGUUGCUGAUGUGGGCACAAUACCUGGCUCCACAGAGAAGGCAAAAGAUGGCACUGUGUGGUUCCACUGCCAGGUUGGAGACGUUUUUGCUCAUGAAACUCCACAGACCGCAUUCAGUGGCUCUGGAGGGCCAACGGAGUUUGCAAGACGCAAAAUCACGAGUCGCCUUCAAAGCUUCCUGUGUUUGGUGGACAUGACCAUGUUGUUGACCAUCAGAGACUGCACAGUCCACGAGGGCCGUAGAACAAACCCCAGCUGGCAGGUGAGUGUCUUUGAGCUGAUGGCGUUCCUCGCAAUCCUUUUUCGAAGGGCUGCCAAGGGCUAUGUUGGUUCCAUGCAACUCAUGUGGACCAAUAGAUUUGGCAACCCAGAUAUCAAAGCUAUAAUGCCCCGUAAUCGCUUUUUUGAAAUAAAGCGGUACCUUCGCUUCGACAACAAGGACACCCGCAAGGAACGCAUACAAACGGACAAAUUUGCAGCAAUUUCAGACAUCUGGCAGCGGUUUGUUCAGAAUUGUGUGUCGUCCUACAGUCCAGGGCAACAUGUUACCGUGGAUGAGCAGGUAUUUCCGUCAAAGGUUCGUUGCCCCUUUCUGCAGUACAUUGCAUCCAAGCCUAACAUGUUUGGAAUCAAGUUUUGGAUUGCAGCAGAUCUUGAAACAAAAUUCAUGUGUAAUGCCAUCCCUUACUUGGGAAAAGAUCCCACUCGUCCAACAGGAGAGAGGCUGUCAGAGAAUGUCGUUUUGAAAUUGAUGGAACCAUUUAUGGACCAGGGAAGGACUGUAACUUUGAACAAUUUCUUCACCUCUUUGUCUCUGGCCAACAGACUUCUUAAACGAAAAACAACUCUGCUUGGCGCCAUUAACAAAAAUCGUCAGGAGCUACCUGCAACUGCAAAGGAAACCUCGGACCACCAGUUGUACUCCACACAGGUGUUCACAUCUGGAAGGGCCUUGUUGACUGUGUAUACAACAAAGAAGAAAUCUGUUUGUCUUCUGAGCACCAUUCAUCAGAAAGUGGAAAUUGUGGACACCCGAAAACAAAAACCAAACGCUGUUGUUGAUUACAACCAUUUCAAAUGCUGUAGUGAUAUCAUGGAGCAGAAAUUACGCAACUACUCGGUGCGCGCAGGAACACGGAGAUGGCCCAUGGCUGUGUUUUACAACCUGCUUGACCUGGCUGCCGCAAAUGCACACAUCUUGUACACAGCAUGUACAGGAUCCAAAGAAAGUCGGCAAUUGUUCAUGCUGGAGCUUGCAGAGGAACUUCAAAACUGUCUUUUGCAGGAAAAGGCAGAAGGGGAAGAACGCAAACAGCAGUGUCGUGAGAUGAGAGUUUCUCAGAAGAAAAAGACACAGUGCCAGGUGCGCAUACUCUGCAAUAAUAACAGAAGCACCAAAGUUUGUGUACACUGUCGCAAAUACACCUGUGCAAAAUGUAGGAAAGACUCACCUUGGGAAUGUGGAAACUGCUAGAUGGGACAACUGUGUGCUACAUUUGUGCUUCAUAUAGACUCCAUAUGUAGUGAGCUUGCUUUUCUUAGUGUGAAAUAAAAAUGUAUUUUCUUCCUGAAGCUGUUUUAAAAUAUGACCUCAAUGAAAUUGACUGCAAAAGAAUGAUGUUGCAGGGGCAUCUUGUAAGUAAAAGGUACGUACACACACACACACACGGUAUAUUGGGCCGGGUUUUGCAGAGGGGAGGGUAUGUGCAGCAGAAGCAAAAAUCUCUGGGAUUCCUAGUUUAACUGCCUUCUGACGGUUAUGCUGGCGAGGCAGUUCAAUCUUUUUAAUAAAUGUUGCUGGAGCAGAGACUUAUAAAACAUGCAGGGCAGUGGACACUAAGGGACCAGGGCUGGAAUCACUGCCUUGGGCUUUCAAACUGAUGUUAAAUGUCUGAUUGAAGAUGCAACACCAGUAUAUUAACUUCAGUUGGGUACCCUUAUGGAUUUUGGUCUGACUUCUCAAGCUUUGUUCCAUUUCUAAAGGCCAAGUUAUGGUCCAACAGAAAAUAUAAAUUGAAUAUGUUGUACAUCUGUUAGUUUUAUAUUUUGUGCAAGAAGUGUGUGUACGACUUUGAUUUAAAGUCUAAAAUAUAAUAAACUGUAAAAAAUGGAAAAUUG